AUGGUUUCUAGUAGCCAGAAGCAACAACGCCUUUUCGAGAUGAUUGAAAAUCAGCCAGACAUCAACAUAACACUUGCUAUUCUAUCUUGGUUCCAGGCAGUUAUCCCAGGGUUAGUCUCGGGGAACGAUGAGAACCAAAUCUGGUUGGGCAAAGUCAGAUCACUUUUAUGGAAUGAUGAAGACUAUCGAGAGCAUGAAGAGAUAUGCUCUCGGAAACAUAAGCUUCAAGGCCUAACAAUUGAAAGACAAAACCGAACUCUCGUUCCACUUUCAGCAAAUACGUUUGGUCUAAGACAAUAUUGGCCAGUCUGCAUUCAAGUUCUUCGACCUAUGAGCUUAGAAAUGACAGAGAAAGUCAAUGCUGUUUCACAUAGCUUAGGCUUAGCAGAGCUCGACAAACAAGACGAGGGUGAUAGCUUCGACCGUAUCGACAAUCCUUUUGUCAUCUCUCGACAAGCUGUACAAGAUAAAGUCCUCAGCCCAAUAAUCGAAGAGCUUGAUAUUGCCAUCAGAUCAGGAAACGAGGAGAAUGCAGGUCACUGCUUUAACUUACACAGUCAGGAGUUUCAGCUAAAGAAAGCAUUAGUUAGUCUUCGUACACUGAUUGUGGACGAGAAGGACGCUAUCUGUAGGCUCAAAGAGCAAACUAAGAGGCGAAGAGAUGUAGCAUAAGAAUAUUCAAUACAUGAUCAAUAUGAAAGCGAGCUAGAAAUAGUAGGUUUCAAAAAUAC